GUGAAGUCAUGCCUACCAGGGAACCCAGGCAUAUAUAGAGAGGGCAAAAUCUCUCAAGUCUAAAGGAAAAGGGUGAUUUCUUGGAACCUCCAGAAAUUUAAAACCAUGAAACAUCUAUUAUUGCUACUAUUGUGUGUUUUCUCAGUUAAGUCUCAAGCUGUUGAUGACUACGACGAUGAGGGGCUCCUGGAUGCCCGUGGUCAUCGGCCCCUUGACAAGAGGAGGGAAGAGCUUCCCAGCCUGAGGCCUGCCCCACCGCCCAUCAGUGGAGGUGGCUAUCGAGCCCGUCCAGCCAAAGCAGCUGCGAGCCAAAAGAAAGUAGAAAGAAAAGCCCCUGAUGCUGGAGGCUGUCUUCAUGCCGACCCAGACCUGGGGGUGUUGUGUCCCACAGGAUGUCAGUUGCAAGACACUUUGCUAAGUCAGGAAAGACCGACCAAAAACAGUAUUGCCGAGUUAAACAACAAUGUGGGGUCUGUUUCCCAGACCUCCUCUUCCAACCAUCAGUAUGUGACUCUGCUGAAGGACAUGUGGAAAAAGAGGCAGGAGCAAAUGAAAAAUAAUGAAAAUGUCAUAAAUGAAUACUCCUCAGAACUAGAGCACCACCGAAUAUAUAUAGAUGAGACUGUGAAUACUAAUAUACCAACUAACCUCCGUGUGCUCCGCUCAAUCCUGGAAAACCUGAGAAGCAAAAUACAAAAAUUGGAAUCCGAUGUCGCAGCUCAAAUGGAGUACUGCCGCACGCCAUGCACUGUCAGCUGUAAUAUUCCUGUAGUGUCUGGCAAAGAAUGUGAGGAAAUUAUUAGGAAAGGAGGUGAAACAUCUGAAAUGUACCUCAUCCAGCCAGAUAGCUCCGUCAAACCAUAUAGAGUGUACUGCGACAUGAGCACGGAAAACGGAGGGUGGACAGUAAUUCAAAACCGUCAAGAUGGUAGUGUUGACUUCGGCAGGAAAUGGGACCCAUACAAACAAGGAUUUGGAAAUAUUGCAACCAGUGCAGAAGGGAAAAAAUACUGUGGCCUACCAGGUGAGUAUUGGCUUGGAAAUGAUAAGAUCAGCCAGCUUACUAAAAUGGGACCCACAGAGCUCUUAAUUGAAAUGGAAGACUGGAAAGGAGACUCCGUAAAGGCGCAAUAUGGAGGAUUCACGGUGCAGAAUGAAGCUAACAAGUACCAAGUCUCAGUGAGCAAAUACCGAGGAACAGCCGGCAAUGCUCUGAUAGAGGGCGCUUCCCAGCUGGUGGGGGAAAACAGGACCAUGACCAUCCACAAUGGCAUGUUCUUCAGCACCUAUGACAGGGACAAUGACGGCUGGAUAAAUGCAGAUCCAAGGAAACAGUGCUCUAAAGAGGAUGGUGGUGGGUGGUGGUAUAACAGAUGUCACGCAGCCAAUCCCAAUGGCAGAUACUACUGGGGUGGGCAGUACAGCUGGGACAUGGCCAAGCACGGCACGGAUGAUGGCGUGGUGUGGAUGAACUGGAAGGGAUCCUGGUACUCGAUGAAGAAGAUGUCUAUGAAGAUCAGGCCCUUCUUCCCACAGCAGUAGUUUCCCAGGUGUAGAUUUUUAUUCUUCGGUAUGCAGCAACAUUUUUUACAUUAUGUUAAGAAAAUUGCCUUUCACAUGUUAUAUCCCUUUAAAAUUCUUGAAUGGUUGUAAGUGACUUUUUGGAAAAGGGAUAGGAUAAAUUACAUUAAAAACGGCACACAAUUUGCUUGUGUAUUCUUCAUUUAUCUUGCUUACCUAGAAGUAACUGAGAGGAUAAUGGUGGGCAGAGUCAGUUGAUUCCAGUUGAUUGUGAGAAAUUUCACAUUAGGAAGAGGGAUCAUCUCUCCUUGUAGAAAAAUGAGGAGACAACAUAAAAUCUUAUGUUUAAAGGUAUACUUUCAACCCCUAUUUAUUUAUGUAAGAUCUGUCAUAGAAAACUUUCAAACAGAUGUAUUAAUUAAACCAUUCUUUGUUGCAAUAAA